AUCAGAUAUUUGUUCAUCUGAGCAGUUUUGAGAAAUACUUCUGGGGUCUUUCUCUCAGGAGAAAAAUCUGAGAAGAAUCUCAUAGUUGAGAAAUUGUGCUUUUGUAAAGAGGGUGGGGUUUUUUUUUUACAUCAGAGAAUCUAGAUUAGUUUAAAUAAAAGGCUGUGCGAUUCUUCAUUUUUGUUGUUGUUAGGUCUUUAGGCGAUGCUUUAGUAGAGGACUAAUCUGAGUGAGCGUGGAGGGCUUGUACAAAGCACUUAAAAGCCCCCCAGAGCCUCACGGCUGACGACUGCUGGGUUAUUGGCCUCUGAACGCCGCUUCACUCCUGUGACUCUGAGAGAUCAGCGCUCUGUUCUAGAUCACAGACAUCCGCAGCUGAAGAAGGAAAAAGCUUGGGAAAGCUCUGAUGGUAUCAGGUGUCAGAGGUCAUACAUCCUGGACAUAGUGAACAGUGUGGACGCCAUGGACACAAUAAACUUCACCUCCUGGAACACCUCUGAGGGCAACGAGACCCUGGAGACGGUGGAUGAGAGCCCGUAUAAGACCGUGGAGGUGGUGUUCAUUGUACUGGUGGCCGGCUCACUAAGCUUGGUGACCGUUAUCGGGAACAUCUUGGUCAUGCUCUCCAUCAAGGUUAACAGGAGCCUGCAGACGGUCAACAACUACUUCCUGUUCAGCCUGGCGUGCGCUGACCUCAUCAUUGGCCUUUGCUCUAUGAACCUGUACACAGUCUACAUUGUGAUUGGAUACUGGCCGCUAGGCCCGGUCGUGUGCGACUUGUGGUUGGCGCUGGAUUACGUGGUCAGCAAUGCGUCAGUCAUGAACCUGCUAAUCAUCAGCUUUGAUCGAUACUUUUGCGUCACCAAGCCGCUCAGCUACCCAGUGAAGAGGACGACCAAAAUGGCCGGGAUGAUGAUCGCGGCGGCUUGGGUUUUGUCCUUCAUCCUCUGGGCUCCAGCUAUCCUGUUCUGGCAGUUUAUCGUUGGCGGGCGCACAGUGCCAGAGAAGGAGUGCUACAUUCAGUUCUUCUCCAACGCCGCGGUCACUUUCGGCACGGCUAUUGCUGCUUUCUACCUGCCCGUCAUUAUCAUGAUGGUGCUGUACUGGCAGAUAUCCCGCGCCAGCAAGAGCCGCGUCAAGAAGGACAACCGCAAGCCAUCGGCAGGCAACCUCGAUGUAGCCCCCUCCAAUCAGAUCCGUGAAAACACAGCCAACAAUCCCACCAACAACAACCUAACAGCUGAAGAAACAGACCGAGGACAGACCCAGCUAACAGAUGACGCCGCCAACCAACACGAUGCCAAAAUCCAGAACGGCAAAGCGCCAUCCACGGCAAGUGGAGAAGCGGAAGACGGAGGACGGGGAAACUGCGCUCUCACGGAGGAGAAAGAAACCUCUAAUGACUCCACCUCUGGCAGCGGCGCAGCAGCCAAUCAAAAGGAUGAAGCAGCGCCAUCUAACCCCGUUGAUAACCAGGCUCCCGCGCGACACCGCGCCAAAGCUGGAGGCUCCAAACUGACAUGCAUCAAGAUCAUCACCAAAUCGCCAAAGGGUGACUGUUACGCACCUUCGAACACAACAGUGGAGAUCGUCCCGUCCACCGAGAGGCAGAACCAAGUGGCGAGGAAGAUCGUGAAGAUGACCAAGCAGCCGCCCAAGAAGAAAAAAGCACCACCCUCUCGGGAAAAGAAGGUGACGCGCACCAUCAUGGCCAUCCUGGUGGCAUUCGUGGCUACUUGGACGCCUUACAACGUGAUGGUCCUCAUCAACACCUUCUGCUCCAGCUGCAUUCCCAACACGGUGUGGACCAUCGGAUACUGGCUCUGCUACAUCAACAGCACCAUCAACCCCGCUUGCUACGCCCUCUGCAACAUCACCUUCAAAAAGACCUUCAAACACCUGCUGCUCUGCCAGUACAAGAACAUACGCUCGGCCCGAUGAGCAGUAACGUGUGUGCAUGCGUUAUAUUUCACAUGUGUGUUCAGAUCACAAAGAUACAUGUGUGGAUGUGUUUGUAUGUGUGGAAAGAUGCAGUAAAACAGCAAUUAUAAAUGGAGAUUAGACCCAUAAGAUUCCUCCAUCCUUUAUAGUUUGGCCAAUUUGACUCGGUGAGCUAUAACACUUUUCACUAUGUUGUAAAAAGGUGCAUCUGGGCAUUUAUGUGAUUGCAUUUGUUGUUUUUAUAUAUAUAUAUAUAUAUAUAUAUAUAUAUAGCACUUUACAUACGCAUAGAGGUGAUGCAUGUCACAAAAGAAGGAAAAGAAAUGCUUAAAUAUUUGAUUUAUGAACUAAAAAGUUAAAAAACUAACCAAUACAAGCGAAUAGAUGGUGUCUGAACUAUUCAAUACUACACAAAUAUGGGGACAACAGGGCUGACUGAAGAUCCAAACCAAACGUGUUAGAGCUUCAGUAUAAAAUCACACCUGUAUAUAUGUGUAUAUAAUCAUGUACUGUAUCCGUGUUGUGUGUGUGUGUGUGUGUGUGUGUGUGGUUGCAUGACUGUGCACAUGUGAGUUUGUAGCUAAAGUCAACAUGAAGCCUGUUUACUUCUGUAACCCGAGUGAAAUUCAUAUCUUGAUUUUAUUUCGAUCGCAAAGAGUGUUUUAAUAAUGUGCACCAAUGAACCGUGCAAAAUAAGACCAGAAACAUGCAUUAAAGAAGCAAACGGCUCGUGUUGACUUUAAAGCUUCAAUAAAUGCAAGCAUCUACGAUGACAGUACGACAGAUUGCUGGCUGCAGGUUGUUGUGUGUGUGUGUGUGUGUGUGUGUGUGCUCUCCCUGAGCAAUAAGAGGGUUGAAGAGGCUCUCCGGUGUGCCCGUAUGUUAAAGUGGAUGAGCUUUGAGUGCUCGGGGUCUCCAGGGAUGCAAAUCUAAACCUUUUAAAGUGAAGAGACGCGCAGGAUGAAGAGGCUCUCACAGACACGCAGACAUUAGCAUCCACCUCACCUCUGCUUUGCAUUUACACAAAACAGUUCACUCACGCUUGGGCAAAGAAAAAAGGAAAACACCAGCUACGUGAGCACUAAUUUAGCAGAUACUCCAAAACUGGCUUGUGCAGCUGAUAAAAAAAAGAUUAAAAGGCAGAAAUGCUUUCUUAUCGCCUCAUUGUAAAUGACAUGCCUGACACGUCCAUGUGUGUGUGUGUGUGUGUGUGUGUGUGUGUGUUUGAUCACCUCGUCAGGAGGUUUGAUAUGACUCACAGGUUCUUGCCUUGUGAACUUAAAGGGCUAAAGUACAUAAGCUUCAUCGCCUCAUUACCAAACGCCAAAUCAACAUUAGUUGUUUUUUGAUUCAUUAAAACAGAUUAACAGCAUCCCUGCUCAGAGCAGAGGAUCGUGGGAAAUGUCAGUCAAUCAAUGACAGCAGCAGCUCAUAAAUUUGACAGUGAUGCAUGCUGGGGGAAUAAAGCUCGUGUGUGCAGUGCAUCAGACAGAAACUGUAGCGAUUAAAUGUACCGUGGUAAUGAAGUUUCAAUCAAAAUACCACAGUCACUGUUGUAAUGUAACACGAAUCUCAUUCAAACUCUCCAGAGGAUCUCAUUUGCCAUUUUUCCUUCGGAUAUCAUCGUUGUAUCUCUGGGAUAUUAGAAAACUCUGGUUACAGAAGGUCGCAGAGAAUUAUACUGCAAUGCAUAUGAACAUUAAUCAUCUGAGUCACACAUACACAUCUGUUUUGUUCAUAUCUCAUAACAUAUUUCAUCUGUUUCCAAAUAAUGCAUGGAUUUAUUUUUUAGCACAAUCCCUCCUUCGUGACAUUACUUUGAUGUAAUUGACUUAAUUACAAAAUACAGUAUGCAGCAAGUAUAUUGAAGUACAGAGUGGUGUGUGUGUGUGUGUGUGUGCUAGAGGUCAGAGGUCGUGAGAGAUGCGCGCUGGAGCUGUGUGUUAUUAGUUGCGAGCAGGACAGAUAGCACAGGUGUCAGUGAGAGUUCGGUGUGUCCCGUCCUGUAACCCCAGCCGUAAAUGGACCGGUGCUGGUGUGACACACACUCAGUGUCCUCCAGCGAGGGAUAAGCCCUGAGAGUGUGUGACGCCAGAUAAGAAGAAGCACAGUCAGUCACAUCCUGGAAAAAAAGCCACGCCAUCCCCGGGGUCAGUGAUGCCACUUGUUACAUCAACAAAUAUAUACUUAUAUUCUUACCUUUGGAUGGCUAAAAUCCAUUUAAUCCAUUUAACUGACUAAUUCCAGGACUCUUUUCGCUAGGGAAGCAGGUUCUGCCUGGUUUACUGAAGGCCCUUCCUCUGAUUGUGGAGAGAGCCAAUCACAGUUUAGAGUUCUGGAGUGACACCUGGACUGGCCAAUCAGAUUGUCAGGCCAGCUACAGCCAUCCAAUACACACAGCAAACAUUGUUUUAAUCAUACAUCUGUGUUCAGAGGUUCAUCUUUUAUCAUCAUCAUCAUCAUCAUCAUCAUCAUCGUUAAUGACAGCACAAUUAAUAUUAAAGGGCUUAAAUGUGUUUUCUAAUCUGUUUAAGUUUAUAAAAUGUAUUGAAAUCUCUAUACUAGUGUGUAAUGUGGCUGUUGUUUAUUAAUAUUUUGUUAAAAGAAAUUGUGUGCAUGUUAUUGUUUGUUGUUAGUUUUGUGAAAGACAAAUCACUAAUGUGUGUGUGUGUGUGUGUGUGUGUGUGUGUGUGUGUGAGUGACCUUGAGGUGUGUGUGAUGGUGUGUGUUUUCUAAGGUAGACCCCUGGAGCACCUCGAGCCACUUGCGUGUGUUUUCUAACAUUGUAUGUAACAUUAUUGUGUGUGUGUGUGUGUGUGUGUGUGUGUGUGUGUGUGUGUGUGUGUGUGUGUGUGUGUGUACGUGAGAGAGAACCCAAAUCUAUCGCGUGUUGAUGGCGGUCAAAGGUGAGCGGCUGCCAAAGACACACAAUUAUCGAGACAAACAAAAAACAUAUAAAGAAAUACUGAGACGCAAACUUUAUCAGCACGCUAAUGCUUUUCUAUAACAUUUUUUAAAUCAAUAUGUAAAGAUUCUGUAUAAAAGAUGUAGAGUUGUUCAGUCCGGUGGAUUCAAGCGUGGAAGAAUCAAGCCACACAUGAACGUUAACCAACAGAGACUCCAGACUUUAUGGAAGUCUGUACACUCGCAAACGUUCUUCUCGUGGUUUGAUUAUGGCAAGUUUGAAAAAAAGACAUCUAAGAACUGUGAAGCCAUCACACAAGUAUGGUACAGUAACGGUUAUAGAACGUUAUUCAAAUUAUUAUUAUACUUUGUUCAGAAAUGUUUCAUUUGGAAUGUUCAUUUUCAAGUGUUACUAUUUUAGAACAUUCAAAAGUAACUGUUUGCAAACUGAUACAUUGGAACGUGUUUUGAACAGUCUAACGUUCAGAAAUAACGUUCUCAUAACCUAAUGGGAAUAUUAGCGAAACAUUGUUCACUGGAGAAUCAUAAGGAUUUAUUAAAAAAGUCUCUUCUGCUCACCAAGGCUGUGUUUAUUUGAUCAAAAAUACAGUAUAAACACUAAUAUUCUUAAAUAUGAUAUAUUCUUGAAUUUUCUGCAUCAUUACUCCAGUCUUCGUUGUUUUUAAAAAUACUUUUAAUCAUCAAGGACACAUUAAACUUCUCAGAAGUGACAGCAAAUAGAUUUAUAAUGUUAUAGGUUUUCUAUUUCAGAUAAAAGCUGUUCUUUUGAACUUCCUGUUCAUCAAAGAAUCCUGAAAAAUAUAUAUAUAUUAAUGUUUGAUAAUCAGAAAUGUUUCUGAUUUCUGAAGAUCAUGUGACACUGAAGACUGGAGGAAUGAUGCUGAAAAUACAGCUUUGAUCACAGGAAUAAAUUACACUUCAAUGUAUGUUCACAUAAAAAACGGUUAUUUCAAAUAUUAAUAAUAUUUCACAUUUUUAACUGUAUUUUUCAUCAAAAACGCAGCUUUGGUGCACAGAAGAGACUCCUUUCAAAUAUGUGCUUGUGUCAAGUAUGUUUCUGGUCGAAGGCAGAGCACAGUGGACUUGAACAGAACACAAGUCUCUCGUGUAACGUGUGUGUGUGUGUGUGUGUGUGUGUGUGACGCUGGACCCUCCUGGAUGCACCUGUAUACCAAAAAAAGGCUGUGUUAAGAUGACGUGUAAAUACUGGGUUUGGUUUCUCUUCAUUGCUGCCGUGCGUCACGUGCUUCUGUUCUGAGUCGUGGCUUCCAUCCGUAGACGUGUGCUUUGUUAUCAGCUUAGCGUUUGUAUUAUACUCUAUAGUCUAUAUGUGUAGCACUGAAGACAUGUACAUACAUGUGUUUAUUAAUGAAUAUGAAUGUUAUUGAACUUUAUUAGGGCAAUGGUGACGAACGCUGAUGAAACAUGAGGUGUAUUUAAGAUUUUCUGUAUCGUGAGAUAUACUUUUGGAGACGAGUUCUAGCAAAUAAAGCUGUUAUGAUGAAUAA